AUGCUCAUAAUAUAUUUUCUCUGCGUCUCUCAAAUCUCCACACUAUUUCCGGGUGCUGAACCCGACGAGGGAGACACUCGCCACAUUUAUCCGAUUAUUUAUAUUGGUUUGGGUCUCGACACGCACGCACAUUCGAUACCGUACAUUUUUGGAUGGCUGGAGAAUUUGGAAUAUCCCAAGAAUCGUGUGAUUUUGGAGAUUUUUGUGGGGAAUCGCGGCGAGGAUUCGACGAUUCAUCAGACGAAAUGGUGAGGAUUUGAAACUAUUGUCUAGUUUCAUUUUGGAGCUCUUGAAAUUCUCUAAAAAAUGAUGUAUAGCAACCCAGAUUUACUCAAAAAUUAGCACUAAAAACCCCCUAAACAGUCCCAAAAAAAAUAAAAGUAAAACAACGACACUCCGCUUGCGCGUUGUUUAAUUUUCACAGACUGUUUGAACGAGCGGAGUGUCGUUGUUUUAUUUUUAUUUUUUUUCUGUUUUUUUCUUUUUCCAGCGAAAUUCAACGAAUUUUCGAUUUCAGGUGGAUUGACAACACAAAACAACACUUCAAAAAUGUGCAAAUCCACGAAGAAAUCGACGAAAACACUGAAAAUUGGCUGGAAAUCGCUCUCCGCACAGCGCGUCUCAAAAAAGCUGAAAAAUGUCUGCUUUUGACUGGAGACACUGUUCCAACUGAGACGAAUAUUCUGAAAGUGGGUGAUUUUCAGCGAAAUUAUCAAUUUGUUUGAAUAUAUAUUUUCAGUCUAUUUUCAAUGAGAAAAAACAUGUUGUGGUGGUUCCGGUUUUUCAAUCAAUCGAUGGAUCUUCGAAUUUAUACGCAGAUUUGACAGAAAGUUUGGAUUUGAGGAAAAAUGUUCGAGAAGAGGUAAGUAGAUCAAUUUUUGGCGCGAUAUCUGACCUAAAAUCGAUUUUUUGCAGAUUUCAACUUUCGCUCUACCCUUGGCUAUUAAUUUAGGCCAAAUGGACUCUUCUUAUCUCACCUUUGACUCUCAAAAUUUGCCAUUUUUCGAUGGUCCUAAUGAUUCUGGCUAUGUUUUCUUAAAAUCCGCAGAAAAUAUGAAAAUCGCGAUUUGGGCGGAUAAUCAAAAGGAUUAUGGGAUUUUUGUGAAUCCAGAGAUUGAGGAAUUGGAAGAUAGAAGAAUGAUGGUGAGGAAAAUAGAAAAUUAGCAAAUACGCUCUAUUGAUAAAUAUUUUGCAGAUUCGUUAUCAUCUCGCUGAUCUUUUGGCUGAUGAUAAGCCGAUUCCACCGAUUUCAAGAUCCGUUAGACCGUGGGUUCCAGAAAAAUCGAAUUUAGGAUUUGAUAGGUAUUUUUAAAUACCCUUCCCCCUUUAAUUAAUUAAAAAAUCAAUAAUUUUCCAGAAUUUAUUUGAUAAACUUGAAGCGACGAAGUGAAAGAUUAGAAAGAAUGCAAAAAAUCUUUGAAAUUCUGGGCAUCGAAUUCCAGAUUCUAGAAGCUGUAGAUGGACAAAAUCUGGAAAAUAUCGCGGAAAAAUACCAAAUCCUUGAUGGUUAUUUGGAUCCCAUCAAGAAUCGGCCGAUGAAAAACGGCGAAAUCGGAUGCUUUUUGAGCCAUUUUCGAAUUUGGCGUGAAAUUCUGGAGGAAAAAUUGGAGAAGGUUGUGGUUUUUGAGGAUGAUUUGAGGUUUUCGGCAGGGGGAUUGAAGAGAAUUCGAGAGGUUUUGAUGGAUUUGGAAGCAUCGAGGAGAAUUUGGGAUUUGAUUUAUUUGGGAAGAAAAAAGCAAUCAGAUAAGGUAAAGAAUUCUGGACUUUUUUGAUGUCUAUGUUCCUUUAAAAACCACAGUUUUCCAUAUAAAACCCAAAUUUUAAAGGGACAUUUCACGUAUUUUUUUUGGCCCUCGGUUCGCGGUUGGUAUACUGUAUUGACUUGUGCAAACACGGUGACGCACAAAUGCACAAAAAUCUCUCGCGUCUCUCCAUUUUGCGCGCUAUUUUUCGAAAUUGGUCCCGCCACGAACCCCGAAACGCUAAAACGGCACCCGUCCGCUCCACCAAAGCUUAUUUCCAUGCAGUUUUUCACGGCGAUAAAGAUGGUGUACUCAGAUUUUCAUUUGGUGCAGCCGUUUUUGAUAUUUUGGUGGAAAAUUAAAGCAUGUCCCUUUAAACAGCGAACCGAGAUUUUUUGUUCAGCAACAAAAUACGUGAUUUAUUUACAAACAAAAAUCUUUUUCUUUCAUAAAAAUAUCCCUCUCUUUUUCUCCCAUAAAAGGAUGUGCACUUUCGCGUCGCCGUGUUUGCACAAAAAAAUUCAUAGAUUUAUUUUUCCCUUUUUCUUUCCAGCAAGAACUAUGGAUUCCUCAACACCGCCAUCUAAGUUCAGUCGAAUAUUCCUAUUGGACCCUCGGAUAUAUGCUAUCCCAAGAAGGCGCCAGAAAAUUAUUGACACCAAAUCCACUCACAAAAAUCGUGCCGGUUGAUGAAUAUCUUCCAAUAAUGUUCGAUAAACAUCCAAAUUCCGAUUGGUCUUCGAAUUUCGCGCCAAGAAACUUGGAAGCCUUCACUCUUUAUCCGCUCGUGGUUUCACCACAAAAAUAUACAAAUGAAGUGGGAUAUAUUUCGGAUACCGAAGAUUCGUUGAUCAUUUCGGAAGCGAAUUUACAACGUGACCCAGAAAACCACGGGGAAUUAUGA